AUGGCGGAUUCUCCUAAACGAAGGGAUUCACGAUCUCCUUCACCUCGGAGAGGACGAGCCAGGUCCCAGUCCAGAUCUAGAUCCAGAUCCAGGUCCAGGCCCUUGGCGAGGGAGAGGUCUAGGUCAAGGUCUUUGCCAAAGCCCUUGGCGAGGGAGAGGUCUAGGUCAAGGUCUUUACCAAGGCACUCGGCGAGGGAGAGGUCUAGGUCAAGAUCCUUACCGAGACCCAUAUCUCCAUCAAGAAGCCGUGGAAGGUCAAGGUCAAGAAGCCGUGGAAGGUCUGAUAUUGAAAACCCCGGUACUACUCUCUAUGUGACUGGCCUAUCUACAAGAGUCACUGACAAGGAUCUUGAAGCACAUUUCUCCAAGGAAGGAAAGGUUGCGUCGUGUUUUCUUGUGAUGGAGCCGCGCACCCGUGUGUCUCGAGGUUUCGCCUUUGUUACAAUGGAUACCCUCAAAGACGCUGAGCGGUGCAUUAAGUAUCUCAACCACUCUGUGCUAGAAGGCCGAUACAUAACUGUCGAAAGGUCCAGAAGAAAGCGCCCAAGAACUCCCACCCCAGGACACUACCUUGGCUUGAAAAGCUCCAGAGACAGUGACCGAGAAGAGCGUAGCAGUCGAGGAAGGCACUAUGAUCGUGAUGAUUACGGACAUCGGAGGUCACCACCACCAAGACGUGAUCAUUCACCUCGUGGUGGAAGAAGUUCUAGGAGAGAUCGGUCUUACUCGCCUUAUGGAAGAAGCCCUGAGAGAAGGUCAGAGAGAAGGUAUCAACCCCGUGGCUCCAGAUGA